GUUGGAGGGAGCGCCAGAGGCCGACCCUGCCCUCGUCCUGCUUGUGCUGCGUUGCAUGUCCGCGAGGUAGAAGAAGGAGAAACCAGGAGGAGCUGGAGGUUGUGCACGUUGACGACGAGCAGAGAAGGGAAUGAUGGCGACCAUGACGAGUUUGAGCACGAGAUGCGUCUACUCUGAGUUGGUCCGGGGUCCCCCUCGACGUUGGGCUGUUGGUAGUGGAGGAACGCAGAUGUCCAUGUGCAGAGGUUUCCGGACACAGGGCUUAGGGCAGUCGAACGAGUUCAGACAUGUGGGAUCAGAAGUAAAAUUUGUUAGCAAUGGCCAGGCCCGAAGAGCAGGGAUUGCUCGUUUUGUAGCCAAUGCUGGUGUUGAAAAGGUUGGAUUCGGCGACGGUGGAGGGAAUAUAGGUGGAAAUGCAGGGGGUCGUGGAGGAGGUGGAGAUUCCGGGGACGAUCUUAGGGGCAAUUCCGGGGACGGUUCUAGUCAGGGAUUUGGCUCCAUGCUCUGGACAUGGUACAAUAGAAUGCUGGAAAAUCAUCCACUUAUAGCAAAGAGCCUUACGUCUGCUCUUUUGAACGCUAUUGCAGAUUAUUUCUGCCAGGUUUUCGUUGAGAAACUUGAGAAGGUUGAUUGGAAACGAUUCUGGUCUUUCGUGGCAAUUGGGCUUUUCCUCAGUGGCCCUGGGCUUCAUUACUGGUACGGAGCACUUCCGAAAAUCAUCACAGUCCCUGGACUUGGAGGUGUACUAUUAAGAAUAGGCCUCGACCAAAUUCUUUUCACUCCUUUAGGAAUGUUGAGUUUCUUCGUCGUACUUCUCACUCUCGAGAAUCGCCAGGAUCAAAUACAGCGAAAGUUGGAGAAGGAUUGGUGGCCCACUGUUGUUGCGAAUUGGAAGGUCUGGAUACCAUUUCAGAUUGUAAAUUUCUCAAUGGUUCCACCUCAACUUCAGGUACCUGCAGCUGGAUUGUUGGGAAUGGUGUGGAGCGUUUUUAUCUCAUACAAAGGCCAUACUUGAUUAUUCUUUCAGCAUGGGCCUACCGGCGAAAGCGAACGUUGGGAGGGCCACCUUGUGAGUCAACAAGAGGUGUUGUCAUCAGCAGAAGGCUAACCUUGUUGGGAAUAAACGAGUAAAGAUGAACCUGCAUGUUUUACAGUGGAAGAACUAAGUUGGCCGUGCGAAAGGAUAUCUAUCUCGAAGCAACACCGAUCCAAGACACUUGCAUGUCCUAUCUGGACACCAAGCCUCCCUUACCGAUCUAGGAGGUUUAUCUCAGUGGGUGGAGAAAUUUGCUUAUAAUCGCUCAACCUUCGCAAGGAUAGAUAUAGAUGUCAAAGUAAAUUCAUCACCUCCUCUCUCAAGGGAAAGAAGAAAGUUGUAGGAACUGGUUGUGACUGUACCUUUUUGAUUGUAGACGUAUCGACCAAGGAUAUCGCGGAUCAUGGAGGAAACGUAGGAAGUGUUCCUCCAAGCUGAUUUGAGUGUUCACAUCGUGAUUUUUUUAGUUAGAUCAUUUUUUGUUACUCAUCAUUGUACCGUGUAAAGGCUUUUUCCACCAACCGGGUGUCGAUAUCAGCCUGUGCGUGUCUUGUACACGCUGAUAUCAAUGUAGAAUGUAUCAUUGUUGUAAUAUUCGAAGAUGA